GUCUCCAGCGGGGCGGCCGCCGCCACGUGGGGCAGCGAGGUGCGGCGGGGUGCCGGCGGCGUGCUCCUGUGGCGAGCCGCGGAGCUGCUGGUCGCGGCGCUGCCGUGGCUGCUUCCCCUGCGCGGCCUGGACGCGAUGGACAUAGACGCGGAGCUGCGGCUGACGGUCAAAGAGGAAAACCACUGGGAGCGCAGCUUCUCGAUCUCGUCAUGCUGGGAAG